AUGUUGGCGAACUCAAGACCAGAUUCGGAUGAACUGUCAGCAGCAUCACAUAAGAAAGAACUCACCUUAAAUAAGUAUCGUGAAUUCCCUGAUGAGUUGGAAGAUGGCAAGGGAUUUGAAGAAGACUUCAAUUUAUCAUUUUCAAGGUUCUCUCAUAUAUCUGGAUCAUCGGUAAUUGUUAGGAGUACAGGUUCAAAAUCUGAUCAAUCAGUAAUCGAAUCACCUUUCGUGAAGAGAAUUCAAGGUAAAUUGAAUGGUAUUAUAUUUGAAGAUAGUAUAGGAGAAGAACUCAACAACAACAGCAACAACAACAAUGAUAAUGAUGAGAAUGACAAGUUUAAUAAUAAUGAUGUAGAAUCACCUUUCAUAGAAAAAAUUACAAAAGAAAAUAUUCCAGUGCUAUCACAUAGUCCAAUACGACACCGUAAGUUAAAAGAAGUAAGUUCCAAUCGAGAUCCCAGAUUUGCAAUUCACGGGACUCCUAAUAAGCUUAGAAGUGCUUCUGUUAAAGUAUCAUUAACCCCAGCUCAAAGGUUUGAAAAGAGACCAGGGACAAGGCUGAAUAAUGCAUUAGACAAUUUUGAAUUCUCAAAUUUACUAGGACGUGGUGGAUGUGCUAGUGUAUAUAAAGCUAAGAAUCUUAAGACCGGUCAGAUCAUAGCUAUCAAACAAGUGUUUCUUGAAAAAGAUCAAGAUGUGGCUGUUUUAAUGAGAGAAAUUGAUUUGUUAAAGAUUUUAAAACAUUCGAAUAUAGUCAAGUACCACGGGUUUGUUAAGACAGCAUCAUCGUUGAAUAUUUUAUUGGAAUAUUGUUCUGGAGGUUCGUUAAGGCAAUUAUACAAAAAGAAAAAUGCUGGUUUGCCCGAAAAGCAAAUCAUAAAGUAUGUCAAACAAAUCAUAGAUGGUCUCAUAUAUUUACACGAUCAAGGGGUUGUUCAUAGAGAUGUAAAAGCUGCAAAUGUUCUUUUAACUGAUAGUGGGGAUAUAAAGCUUGCCGAUUUUGGUAUUGCAGCCAAUGUAAACAGUCGACACGAUACUAUUGUUGGAACUCCAAAUUGGAUGGCUCCUGAAACUGUAUUGGGUGGUGAUGGUAUAUGUACUGCUUCUGAUAUUUGGUCAUUGGGUGCUACCAUUAUAGAAUUAUUCACUACAAAUCCUCCGUAUCAUGAUUUAAAUCCCAUGGCAGUUUUACAUGCUAUUGGAACAGAUGAACAUCCUCCACUUUCAAAGAGUAUUUCAUUACUUGCUAAAGACUUCUUAUUGGAAUGCUUUCAAAAACAGCCAAGCUUGAGAACAAGCGCCAAGCUUCUUCUGAAACAUAAAUGGCUCACACAGCCUAUAUCUAAGAUAUCCAUGAGUAAUCUAGUGUCAGCUAAACAUAAACCAAGUAUGGAAAUCAAGAGUAUUAGUAUGUACUCAGAGUUGAAUGAAGAGAAUUGGGAUAAUGAUUUUGGAGAAAUUGCAAAGAUAUCAUCUGUAAAGCAACCAUUAGAUGCCGAUAUCAUCCAAGUGAAAGAACUUUCUAAUGAUGAAGAAUUCCCUCAAAAGACUAAAUAUACCAAAACUGAAUUGUUGAGUAAGUUCACAGAAGAUGACGAAGGUUUUGAUGUUAGCAGUAUUGAUGAAAACCUUUCGUUACGGAAUAAAAUCGAUAAUAGUGAAGAAAUAAAUCCCUUUGUUGAUAUUGAUAUUCAAAAUUUUGAUAGUAAUGAAUUGGAAAUUCAAAGUAAAAUGGAGUAUUUAGUAUCCAAGUUUUCAAAUAAAGUUGAUAUGUUACAUUAUGAUGAUAACAUUGAUAUUGAAUCCUUAGUUAAAACUACAGGAAGAAUGCUUCAUAUUGUUAAGAAAUAUCCUUUACUGCAUGAUACAUUGAUCAGAGAUCAUGGUAUUAUCUCUCUAUUGGAAUUGUUAAACUGUGUCAAUGAAAUUGCGAAAACUGAAAAGAUUUGGUAUUAUGCUUUAGCAACUUUGAAUGUUAUAUUUGAAGAGAAUGUAUCUAUUUUUGAGAAUUUUUGCUUACUAGGUGGUAUUCCGGCUGUGACACAGUUUAAAGGUUCAGCUUAUGAUUUGCCUGUCAGACUACAAGUUGUGAGAUUUAUUAGAUUAUUUAAGAAUUCAGAUAAGGCUCUUUCAAUGUUGGUCUCAUGUGGUGGUCUUCGAGUUGUGUCAAAGUUCUUGGAAGAAGAUUUUGAUGUUGCUCCUGCUUUCCCUAUAGCAGCAGUUGAAUGUAUUCAUAGUAUUCUUUCAAAAGACUUAACUAGAUCAAAAUCUGAUUUAUGUCGUAUCUUAGCCAAAUAUGGAGUUGUAUUUUGGUUUGCUGUAUUUUUAAAUCGAUUAACAAGAGUCAAUUCAAAACAGCGUAUGAAGGAAGUUUCUGAGGAGUCAUUAAAUUCCACGAUUGAUAAAAUUAUGGAUAUCAUAAAAUUCUUUGGUCAAUCAGAAGUCAGAGUUAGAAUAAAUAUAGCGCACAGUGAUUUAUUCAAGUUGUUGAUUAAAAUCUUUAAGAAUGUGAAUAUGAUGCAUCAAUUAACCAUUUUGAGAUUUUUCAAAUCAAUGUCAUUCAUAUCAGAAGUUCUUAAGGCAUUUCAAAAGGCAGAGUUUUUAGAAUUCAUUGUUCAAUUAUUAGAAAGUCAUCCAGCUGGUAGUGAACACUAUAAGGAAUAUAUCAACUCCUUGGCUCCAAUAUUGUAUAAUUGUUGUUAUUUGAACCAUGCUAGAGAAGCUGAACUUAUUAGUUUGGGGGCAUUGCCAUACAUGAAAGCAUUAUCAAUGAUUAAUUUACCAUUCAGACAGUUUUUACUUCCAAUUAUGUGUGAAUUAGUUUAUUGUGGAGAAUCUGUAAAGCAACAAUUGAAAAGUUUGGACAUAAUGUCUAUAUAUUAUAACUUAGUACUUGAUCCAUAUUGGCAAUCUAAUUCAUUGGACUCAAUCAUAACUUGGUAUAAUCAAGAAUCAAAAUCUAUAUCUUUAGAUACUAAAGCAUUAGAUUGUUUCAUAGCGGGUUUUUUAAUUCCAAAAGUAUCAAAUCUAGAAUCGGUGCUUGAUAAUUAUCUAAAAUUGAUUAGUUUCAGUACAGUGGUGGCAAAUAGAAUGGCAAAUAGAGAAAUCUUCUCUAACAUUUUAACAAAAAUUGGUAGUCAUAGUUCAAACAUGGUAGUGCAAUUGUCCUUGCUUAAGAUUCUAAAGCCAUUAGUGUCAGCAUCAUCGGGACAAGUGCUUGACGAAAAUUCUGGAAGUAUUAAGAAAGUAUUACAAGCGUUGGUUGAAAGGAAGGGAUCAAUAUUGGUUGUAGAAUUAUCGUCUGAGAUAAUAGAUCUUAUAUAG